AUGUGGGACUGGUGGGCCGGUGUGAUGGAGGAGCUGCUGAGGGACAAAAAAAACAAAACAGGACUGGAUGUUCCUCUUCCUGUGCUGCUGUGUGCCAUCUGUCUCCUCGUCCUCCCGUCGUCCUCUACCCCCAACCACGAGUCAGAUGAUUCGAAGCUUCUCCACGUGACCAUCCCCACCUCUCCGCCUGUGGACGCGGUGCUCGGUGGUAAUCUAACGUUACCCUGCCUCGUGUCUCUGGCUCACCCGCCGCCGUCGCCCUCCACCAACGGACGCCACGCCGUGCUGUCUCUGCCCCGCAUCAAAUGGAGUGUGCUGACUCAGGGCAAAGAGAUGGAGAUCCUGGUUGCCCGCGGCGACAGGGUGAGAGUCAGCGAGGCCUACAAGGACCGGGCGUCGCUGCUUAAUUACGCCUAUUCCCCCGCCGACCUCACGCUGCGGCUGGAGAUUCUGAGGCAGAACGACACCGGCUUCUACCGCUGCGAGGUGCAGCAGGGCCUGGAGGACGCUGACGACGUGACCCAGGUUAAGGUCAAAGGGGUGGUGUUUCAUUAUCGCGAUGCAUCCAGCCGCUACGCCUUUGACUUUGAGCAAGCCAGAGAGGCCUGUGAGGAGAUCGGGGCUCGUAUCGCCUCUCCGGAGCAGCUGCUGGCCGCCUACCACAGCGGAUACGAGCAGUGUGAUGCAGGAUGGCUCUCAGACAGCUCAGUCAGAUAUCCCAUCCAGAUGCCAAGAGAGGGCUGUUUCGGGGACAUGGAUGGACUGCCAGGAGUGAGGAACUAUGGACUGUUGGAGCCUGAUGAGCUGUAUGACGUCUACUGCUAUGUGGAGAAUAUUGAGGGUGAGGUGUUUCAUGGCUCCGCCCCCCAACGUUUCACCUUCUGGGAGGCCAAAGGCUACUGCCUGAGUCAUGGGGCAGAGCUUGCCACCACCGCUCAGCUAUACGCAGCCUGGAAUGAUGGACUUCACCACUGCAGCCCGGGUUGGCUGGCAGACGGCAGUGUGCGGUACCCCAUCGUCACCCCUAGAGAGCGCUGUGGAGGCGGGGAACCUGGGGUCAGAACGGUCUAUCAAUACAGCAACCAGACGGGUUUCCCUGAGGCUCACACACAACAUGACGUCUACUGCUUCAGACGUGACGACAGCCCCUACACUGAAUCUCCCCAGGAUUUUGUUGCCACUGAACCAGAGGACAUUGGCCAAGACAUUGUUUUCGUGACUAAUUCUGCACAGGACGAGGUCAGCAUGAGUGGGGUGACAGCAAAAGGGAUUGAAGAAGAUGAGUUCCCAACACCGAGUUAUGACGAGAAGCUGCUGGUCACGGUCGACUUUCAUCAGUCUGUCACUCCGCCGUCUCAGCAUCAAGAGCACCUGUCCACCAAAGAUGCCUGGGAACCUGUAGAGAAGGCCAGCUACCCUGAGUCCUAUCAGCCAGCACCUGAAGAAAACCUCGAUCCACAUCAUGACGAGUUUCACAUACAAACAACAUUUUCUCCAGAGACUGAUCACGUAUCCACAACUGAUGGGACGACUGCAGAGACCGUAGAGCCCUCCACAGAACAUCACAUUUCUGAGAGUAACAACGUGACUGAAAGCCUGGAUAUACUAGCUGUUAAUGCAACAUCUGGAGAAGUUGCAAAUGAGAUUCUCAACAGCUCUUCAGAGGUGCAUCCGGAGACUGAGCUCCCUACUCCACAAGAGGACCACACUCCAGCUGUCGACUUGGAGCAUGCCACUGAAACCGAGACGCUCCACCCAAGCAUCUCUUACAAUGUUUCAGCACAGCCUGAAGAGGUCAGCGCUGGUGUUGAGGUGAUGUCAGUGAUGGCAACUUCAACCCACACUGAAGAACCAGAUGUUGUGUCCACCACUGUGUUGCCAUCUUUUGACAACAGUACAUCUGAUAGCCAUCCAGUGGAAGAAGGGUCCGGAGAUGAGAGAGUGAAUCCAGAUGAGGAAACACAAAACCCAGUGACUCACAGCUGGGUUGCUAUUGAAACCUCUUCUUCUGGGCCAGUCUCUACGCCUGAUGCUAGUCAUCAUCCAACUGAAGAUCACUCGGGCGUAAUAACAGAGUCCUUCGUGCCAAUCGACCACGAUGAUGAAGACUCUAAUAGCACUUCAGAGGAGGCAGCAGCAGAGGAUCACAUCGACCAUGAUGAUGAAGACUCUAAUAGCACUUCAAAGGAUCACAUCGGCCAUGAUGAUGAAGACUAUAAUAGCACUUCAAAGGAUCACAUCGACCAUGAUGAUGAAGACUCUAAUAGCACUUCAGAGGAUCACAUCGACCAUGACGGACACAUCCACUCUCCACAAAUCCCAACAGCAGAAGCCAUCACAGUCACAGCGGACUCACACUCUACUGUAUUCGCUCCUGUCCUAAACAGCGACCUGGUCACCGUGUCGACAUCCCCGGCAACCGUAACCGUGUCUUCCGCGGAGUUUGAAGCUACCAGCUACCCAGAGAUCACCUUCAUCCCAGAGAGCAACACUUCAUCUGAGGCUGAACCUCUGCAGGACAAACAGGAACAGGAAGGAUUAGGAGGAAGCACAGAGGUAUUUCUCAGCUCGGAUCAAAACAUCACAGACAGCGAUCGAGAGGGAAGCGAGGGAAGGGACGUCAGAGAGGAAACUCCAGACUCAGACGAGGGAUCGGGUGAAUCUGGAGAUAGCCCAGAAGGGAAACCAGAAAUGCUUUUGUCAAACCCGACUCUUUCUACGGAGCACGUUUCGGAGGGGAUUGACGGUGAGCCUGAAACAGCUGCACCUCCUCCAUUAGAUAUUAAAAUCACACUGAUCCCUCAUCUGACCCUCACACCUGGCUGGGAACCAGAGUCGUCUUCCUCCGCGCCGCAGGAGUCUCGCGCCGAUCGGGAGUUCAGCGCCGAGCCGCCUGUUCAUGAGGAAUCUGAUGACGGAUUAUUAAAGGAGCAAGAGGUUGUGGUGGAGGUCAACGCCAGCAGCAUACAUGGACACGCAUUGGAGGGAAGUGAGGGGGAAACCAGCACAGAUGAUCCUCCAGUUAAAAGCUGCACAUGGCAUCCGGAUGAAGAGGAAACCUCCAGUACUUUGCACGGCAUAGACAGCCAUGAUAUGACCAUCAUUGCUCCUACGCGUGUCAGGUACCACGUGUCAGAGUACUUUAAAAAAGCGGAGGAGGAGGAGGAGGAGGAGGAGGAAGAGGCCAUGGUCGCCUCCCUGCCUGCUGUCAAAGUUUCUGCUUUAAGACGAGGAAACUCCUGCCUGGAGAACCCUUGUUUGAAUGGAGGAACUUGUGUCGAAGGUGAAUCGGCGCGGUGCUUUUGCCUGCCUGGAUAUGGAGGAGAUUUGUGCCAGACAGACCUGGAGGUGUGCGAGCCAGGCUGGGAGAAGUUUCAGGGCUUCUGUUAUCGUCACUUUGCCAAGCGGCAGAGUUGGGAGUCGGCGGAGCAGCACUGUCGGAUGUGUGGCGGACAUCUGAUUUCUGUCAUGACCCCCGAGGAGCAGGACUACAUCAAUGACAAAUACAGAGAGUAUCAGUGGAUUGGGCUCAAUGACAGAACCAUUGAGGGAGAUUUCCGCUGGUCGGAUGGAAACCCUCUGCUGUAUGAGAACUGGUACAAAGGCCAGCCUGACAGCUACUUCCUGUCCGGUGAGGACUGCGCGGUGAUGGUGUGGCAUGACGGCGGCCACUGGAGCGACGUGCCAUGCAACUACCACCUGUCCUACACAUGCAAGAAGGGCGUCUCAUCCUGCGGCCAACCUCCAGAGAUUCCCCACACUAAGGUUUUUGGUAAGAAGCGGUUGCGUUACGAGACCAACACCAAGGUGCGAUACUACUGUGAGGAGGGCUUCGUGCAGAAACUGAACCCUGUUAUCAAGUGCUUGCCUGGCGGCCAAUGGGAGGAGCCUCUGAUUAUCUGCAUGUCUACCCAUUCGGUGGGAGAAGAGCCCGUUAACACAACUCCUAACCACCAUGAGGAAGUCGCGGAGUUCACAACGACAGAGAAAGCAGCUCCACUGUUCUGGGACAUUAAGUGGAGCGUCUAAAGCCAUCCUGCCUUUUU